AUGUCUGUUAUUAUUCCGAAUCCAGAUUAUUCUCCUGGUAUCUGUCAGUAUGGACAAGGUGUGCAACUAUUCUAUUCACAUCCUGCACUGACACAAGCCUUCACUUCUCACAUCUACUCUCAAAAUUUGGAAGAUGUUGGAAAACAGGGAAAUGUACUAUACGAAGAUGAAUUACAAAGUGGAAAUAAUAAAGUUCUUAAUCACCAUAGGAACAAAAGAGAAAAUACAAAUAGUACAAACUCUCAAACAGAUGUUCAGUUAUCUCCUGUGAGAGAUGAUAGUGACAUGGAAAUGGAAGUGACAUCAGAAGAAAUCAACAAUACUCCUUCACCCACUUCAACAAAUGAAGAUAAUCAGGAAGAUAUUACUGGCAUGAGUCAACAUUUUUUCCCUUCAUUUGCUCCUUUAUUCCCCCCACCUCCUCCUCCUCUUGGUCAUUCCCGGCCUCUUUUAUUUCAAGAACAAGCACACAGUCACCGUCCACCAAUUCUUCGACCUCAACAUAAUGUGUUCCAGCCUAUAGGAUUUGGAGGACCUUUCAGGGAAAAUAAAUAUGUGCAAGCACCAGCAGCUACACAAAACACCAAGAGUAAUGGUAUUUUAGGAUCUGGCAAUUUUGGUGUCAUAAGGGGAGGUACAUUUUAUGAUGAUGAAAGAGGUGAAGUCAAUGAAUAUGGAAGUGGUGAGAAUCACAAUGUAUACAGUCCAUUUUACCACAAUGGGCAUGGUAGGCCUGCUUUCUAUAAUGGAGCAAGCAAUCCUAGACCACAACAUCAUCGUGGAAAUGACUUUUUUGCUAAUUUUCGUGAUUUUGCUGAUAUUAAUACUCCUACAAAAUCUUCUUAUUCUGAGUUUUAUGUAGUUUACGUCAACAGAAAUGCCACCAAUCCAAAUACACAUAACAACCAUGUGACAGAAAGAGCAAAACCCAAAAAUAUAAACGAACAAUUGACAAUUAUUGACCAAGAAAAACACACAGUACCUAUAGAGUCUAAUUCUGCUUCAACAGCCACUGAGGAAAAAAUAUUAAAGAAGCUUUCAGUAGGCAAGAGAAAGCUAAUUCAACUUCAGAAAGGAAAACUCAAAAAACAAAAAAAUAAAAUACCCACUUCUGCACUGAAAGACUUGCAUGAACCACUCAUAGCACUUAGCUGA